GCCGCUGGUCCUCGUCUAUCGAAUCUCCGAGUCGACUGAGUGCCCAUUUCUGUCCUCGUUGUCCAACUUUGCUUCCAUCAUCUCCUUGGGGCAUUCCCUCAGCCCUGGCCCUCGCAGGGCCGUCCGUUUCCUCUCUCCUUUCCCCGAAGUCUCUUCAGCAUCAUGGACAACAAUGCUGGCGGAAGCGGGAACGUCAAGAAACAAGAAGAUCUCGAUGGCAAUGACUCGAAGGUCACGCCGAAGUCCGAAUCCAAACCUGCCGUAAGAACAUUAAACAGAGUACCUCGUGCAUGCAAUGCAUGUAGGAAGCAGAAGAUGAGAUGUGAGGGUGCAGAGAACCCACCAUGCAAACGGUGCAGGCACAAUGGUCUCGAGUGUCUUUUUGAGAAGCCUACUAGAGAGGCCAGCUUGACUGGAGAAGCUGGGCUAGAACGGAUACGAAGUCUCGAAUCCCAUGUUGCGGACAUUCGACAGACACAAAAUGCUAUCCAGGGCACUUUGCUUGAAAUUGUUGCUCAUUUACGCGGCAACGCUCAGUUUCCCCAGCGCUCCCCUUCUGCUUACCCUCCGGCUUUUGCUCACCAAUCACCUAGCAUGCAUUCUCAUUCAUCUCCCAGUAUAUCCACGCCAUCCGCAGGUCCUCAUCCACCUCAGCUUAUGGUCGAUACCACUCAUGCUAAUCAACCUUCCCCUGCAACCGCCUCGGCAAUGACACCUUCCCAUGGCCAAGUAGGCAACAUGAAUCCACCUUCUCGUCAUGCUACCAACUUCAGAAGUCCUCCGUUGAGCGCUACAGGCCAACGACCAAUGGGACCCAAUGAAAUGCACCAAUCUGGAAGUCACUACAACGCCCAGGGUCAGAGCGCCAUGCAUGCAACGACCCUACCGCCGUUCUCUGCUUUGGACAGCAUGCCUCCGCCUCGCACCCAUCCUACGAACGUCUCGUCUGUCCGAUAUCAUCCUAGCGUCUCUAAUGCUAAAAGAGCGGCUCCGACAUCUUCAAAUGUCACCAGCGCGGAUUCUACAGAUGCAGAAGAGGAUGAUGGGGAGCUGCCUGCUUCGGGUCUUGUGGCUCCGUGGGAAGUGCUACGAGGUCUUGCAGAUGUUGCUAUCGAACGGGCCGCUCAGGAAAACGGAGGGGAGAGCGAAGCACCAAGUCGGGCUCGUACAUCAUCUCCUGAUCCACGCCAGCCGCGCCCUGCUAAGAGGAGGAAAGUCAUACAUAAGACUCCUCGCAUAACGCUAUUUCCAGAUGUUGUUACCAAGAAGAUCAUCCCGGAAGCUGAAGCUCGGGAGUUGUUCAGAAUAUUCUAUCAUGGCUGUUCCACUUUUCUUCCGGUUUUCGACGCGAGCGUGGACACAUACGAAGCGUUGCAUGAACGUUCGCCUUUUGCAGUAGACUGCAUAUGUAUGGUGGCAGCCCAGGUCCGGGACGGCGGGGGAAAACCGAGCGAUACUUUCCUAAAAUGCCAGGAAGAAGUGCAAGCUAUAUCUUGCGCGACUUUGUUCUCCCCGGUCACGAGGCAGGAAGCUGUACAGGCAAUGAUUUUGGUAUCAGGCUGGUCUGAUAAUGGCUGGCUGAGUGGUGGUCAUGCUGUGAGAAUGGCAAUGGAAAUAUCAAUGCACAAGGCGUGGCCGGAGCUCUUGAAGAGAAUGCAGCAGAAUAAGGUCGGGACAUCUCUGAAGGAUCGUGAACUCGUGAUCUCUGCGAGGACGUGGUUCUGCCUUUACCUAUUCGAGCAUCAAAUGUCCUAUGGGACUGGACGUCCAGCUAUUCUCAAAGAUGACGAGUCAAUCUGGCAUUGCCGCAUGUUUUUACAACAUCCACUUUCCAUCGAAGAUGAUAUGCGCUUGGUGUCGACCGUCGAGUUAAUGGCGAUCCGCGAACGGGUUACCAAUAACUUGUCGCCGUCCUUUGAUCAGCCUGUAAACGACCAGACGUUCAACGUACUUCAUGAGGCCGAUGUCGAGUUCCGUAAUUGGUACGCUACUUGGGAUCAAGCGUUCUCCCAGAAGUAUGAGGAUGCUGCGUUCUACCGGCAAAGUCUUCAAAUCCAACACCUUCAUGCCGAGCUAUACCAUAAUGCUACCGCUCUACGGGGCAUUGAUGGGCCAGAGGACGUCCAAAAUAUGCCACCUGCUCAGCGGGAGCUUGCACUCAGGUCUAUCCAGAUUGGACGCCAGAUCCUAGAUAUAACUGUUAAUUCACCCGCAUACAGGGAAGGCAUGAAAUAUGCUGUACACUAUACCCACGCUACCGCCACUUUCUCUGCUUCAUUCUUGCUUAGGCUGUGUCGGUUGUUCCCUGACCAAUGCGACAUGAAUGACAUUCGCAAUCUUGUUGAACGUUUGGCUGCCUUGCUCUCAGAAGUGCCUGGGAGGCGAUAUGCCUUGACGUUGCAACUUAUGCUCAAACGUUUCAAGAAGCGCAAGGCGAGUUCUGCUUCCCGUUCGCCCAAGGCUACGCGCGAUGCACAUCAUCCCCUCAGAUACUCAUCUGAAUCGCAGAUGAGUCAAGGGAUGAGCCAGCAGCCCAUGUCACCUGUUUAUGACACGCACUUCGCUGCACAUCCGGAUUCUGCGAUGGCACGUCAUGUGCAGCCGCAGCAACAGCAGCAGAUGGGUGCACCUCACCCAUACAAUCAAUACCAGUCAAACGCCGAUCAUAUUUGGCGUGGUUUUGAGGCGACCUCAAACGAGCAGCUUCCUGUUUGGCUUUCCGACCAGACCCUGGGGGGAGCCUCUUUCUCGCAAAACGGCAUUGAUGCUUUCCUGUUACCCAACGAUUUCUUACCACCUGCGCCACAAAUUUGGUGAUGUAUAUUUGUCUGUAUCCAUGUGUACCAUAUUGUCAUAAGUAUCGUCUUUCUCUUGAUUCUCUCAGUAGUUCCUGUCACUGUGUUGUGCUUUAUGCUGGCUCUGGGUUUGUUCAACGGAUCGAUCUCUCGAGGGUUUGAAGCAAGGACGCUAUCUCCCAUAUGAUACCCCCUGUUUUGUGUACCUCCCCGCUUUUCUCUCAUCGUAGCCCUACCACAUGUAUUUCUUCUCAUUACGAAUGGAAACGACGCAGGUUAUGACAGUCUCCUGAAAAUUUUCUUU